AUGACUACGGUCGGCGGCCACCAUUACCAUCACCAACAACAGUCGAAUCGAAGCGAUCGUUGUAGAGAGAUUAUGUCGAUAGACAACCUCUUGAUACCACAGAGGAGCCAGCUAUCAGUGCAAAGACACCACUUGCAACCAACACCUUCCCAUAUGCCAAGCCCAACGGCAUCUGAAAGCGCAUUCGAAAGGACGCCUCGGGAAAAGCGUGAGCCAUACUCGGAUCAGGCGCAGUUCUAUAUCAUGUACGUCCGAGUCGGGAAAGAAAAGGAUUGGAACCAGAUCGAACGCUCGUUCGAAGAAGUGUUUGGUCAACACCGUGCGAAAGAUGGAUUGACAGCUGUUUACUACCGCAUCAGGAGCAAAUGGGGUCUUCCACCAGUGAACAAGUCUUCGCAGGAGAUAUCUGAAGAGGGAAAGGACAUGAUUCGGCAACGGGUGCGUGGUUUCGAUCAGGGAUUCCUCAAAAGAGUGGAGUAUUUUGAGUGGUUGCAAUCGAGUCAGUCAUCAGCUGCGCCGAGAUGA